UUGGUUGCGACCCGGCAUCUCCCUACCCAAUAAAACCAUACAGACCAGUUCUCAACUUUUCAAAGCCAAAUGUCUUCCUUUAAUUAUUUGGAAAUUUCCUUUCCGGUCCCCUCUCCUCCCCUUCUGUUUCUUCAAGUCGUCAGUCAACUGACAAAUCAAAGCCGUCGAUACCAUAGACGUUUCAACCUCUGAAAUCAAUCUUGCUGCUCAAAGAUUCCAAUUUUCGGAUAUGGGUUUCGUGAUUUGAUUCUUGCUGUCCAAGUUUUGAUUUGUUCUACCAAAUUUUAGUUGCAGCAGAAGGAAGCUCGGAGGUGCAGGAACUGGAAGUCGGAUUUCACUCCCAUGGCUGCAAUUAGAUCAAGUUUUGGCUGAUUUGAUCUGAGCACGCACAGAUUGUUUUCGAGGUUUUUGACUCCUACCCUUUCGCUUGUUCCUUCUGUUCUCAAAUGGGUUGGUGUUGUUUUGAAGUUUAAAGACUUGGUUGUUCUUGUUUGUGAGAAUUAAAGACUUAGUUCUUUAGCUGCAAGUAUUUGGCUUUCCCCUUUUUUGCAUAUCUGGUUUCUGAAGUCUGUGAAGAUAUGAAUAUUGUGUCUGUAACUGUUAUGUGAGCUGUGUUUGUUGCCAUAUCUGGUGUUGAUUCUAUGGCUAUUAUCAAGAAACAGCGUCUCAAGGACAAAGCGGCUUUUCGCCGUAUCUUGCCAUUGGUUUCGAUUACAUUGUUAGGGGUUUUCCUGCUGAUGUUCCUCCUGAGAUUUAAUUCGAGUUCAAAUUUUGUCACACCGCCUUCGGAUGAUUUUGAUGAAGUAUCAUCAAUAAGGAGUGGUAGUCGUUCACAUGUUCGACAAAUACUUAGCCUCCCUAAGCAGACUGAAUUGUCAGUUCAGUUGGAAAAGAGAAAUCAGAUGCCCCCUAGGAACUUAGAUCUCUAUCCAAGUCUAGCCAAGGAUCAUAUAACUAUAGUUCUUUAUGUGCACAACCGGCCGCAGUAUCUCAAAGUAGCUGUUGAUAGUCUGUCUCGGGUUGUAGGUAUAAAUGAAACUUUACUAAUAGUUAGUCAUGAUGGAUUCUUUGAAGAAAUGAACAAGGUUGUGGAAGGGAUCAGAUUUUGCCAGGUGAAACAGAUAUUUGCUCCUUACUCGCCCCACGUCUUUCCCAAUAGUUUUCCAGGGGAAUCAUCUACAGACUGCAAGGGAAAGGAUGAUGCGAAAGCGAAACACUGUAAGGGGACUCCUGAUCAGUAUGGAAACCACCGAUCUCCAAAGAUCGUGUCGUUAAAGCAUCAUUGGUGGUGGAUGAUGAACACAGUGUGGGAUGGAUUGAAGGAGACCAAGAAUCACAAUGGUCAUAUUCUUUUCAUAGAGGAGGACCAUUAUAUUUAUCCCAAUGCAUAUCGUAAUUUGCAGAUACUCACGGAAUUGAAGCCUCAUAAAUGUCCUCAUUGCUAUGCUGCAAACUUAGCACCGUGUAAUGUGAAUGCAAAAGGAGAAGGUUGGGAUAGUUUGAUUGCAGAGAGAAUGGGAAACGUGGGAUAUACAUUUAACCGGACUGUUUGGAGGAAAAUUCACAAGAAGUCUUCAGAAUUUUGUUUCUUUGAUGAAUACAAUUGGGAUAUAACAAUGUGGGCAACAGUGUAUCCCUCAUUUGGUAAUCCAGUUUUCACAUUACGUGGGCCUCGGACUAGUGCAGUACACUUUGGUAAGUGUGGUUUGCACCAGGGACAGGGGGAGGCAAAAGCAUGUAUUGACAACGGCAUGGUGAACUUUGAUGUGGAGGAGAUAGAUAGGGUUGCAAACAUCAACUCGGACUGGGAAGUGCAAGUCUUUGAGAAUCAGCCAGGGUACAAAGCCGGGUUCAAGGGUUGGGGAGGUUGGGGGGACAAGAGAGACCACCAAUUAUGCUUGAGUUUUGCUCAGAUGUAUCAUUCAUAGAUAGACAUUACUUCUUCACCGUCGUUUUUAACCAUCUGUUGUAACUGGCAAGAUCUGGAUUUCGUUUUUGUUGAGUGAUAGCCAAUGAAAUAAAUAGCUGUGAGAUGUUUUGUAUUGCUCGAUAAAAAUCACAAGUUUCACUUU